AUGCCUACAACAGGGCUGAAGGUGAAGACCAAGCGGACAACCACCCGGUCUCCGCUUGAGAACACUACGACCAAUCUCCGCCCAGAAGAUUCAGACAUCGAAAUGGACGACGAUACCAGCUCGGACGAGGAGGACAUCCCCGAGAAAGAUGAGGCCGAAUUGAAGCUGGAGCGCAUGCUCUUUGGCGACGAUGAGGGGUUCAUGGGCGCAUUGAAGAAGCAGCAGGACCGCGAAGCCGAAAUGGCUCUCACUUUGCAAAGUGAUGAGGAGAGUGCCGGUGAAAGUGCAGAUGAGGACGAAGGCGAGGAUCUGGCUGCUAUGGCUGAUUCAGACCUUUUCUUCCUUGACUCUGGCGCUCCUCCCACCACUGAUAUAACCCCAUCGGAAACUCUAUCGGAUGCCGAAAACGACGAGGAAGAAGAAGAAGAACCCGCAUUGUGGUACGACAGCGACGACGACCGCCUCGCCGUGUCCCUAGCAAGCCAAGCCCGGCUCCGCAAACUGCGCAACACUGAAGACGAAGACGUAGUCAACGGCAAGGAAUACAUCCGCCGUCUGCGCCGACAAUUCACACGCCUGCACCCCACGCCCGAAUGGGCCACCCCGGAACUCAAGCGCCGCAAGACGGACUCCGACUCAGACGCCGGCAGCGGCGAAGAGAUCGACUCGGACGACGAGAACGAGCACCUAUCCAUGCAGCCACUAGCCAAGCUCCUCCGAAACGCCUCCGACCUAACCCGCAUCGAAGACAACGCCCGCGGCAAGCGCAAGCUGCGCCAGGAAGUCAUCGACAUCCAGCGCCUGAAGGACAUCGGCAAAUCCCAACCGUCCUCCGUCGACUCCCUGACCUUCCACCCGCACUACCCGCUCCUGCUCUCCUCCGGACCAGCCUCAACCCUCUUCCUGCACCACAUCUCCCCCUCCGCGCCAGCCCCCAACCCCCUCCUCACCUCCCUGCACAUCAAGCGCACUCCCAUCCACACCUCCGCCUUCGCCGCACCAUCCGGCAACAAGAUCUUCGCCUCCGGCCGUCGGCGCUACUUCCACAUCUGGGACUUGGACACAGGCAAGGUCGACAAAGUCAACGGCUCCGCCGACAGAAAGGAAGAACAGAAAUCCAUGGAGCGCUUCAAGCUCUCCCCCUGCGGCCGCUUCAUCGGCCUCGUCGGCACAUCCCGCAAGGGCGGCGGCCUCAUCAACGUCCUGGACGCCAAUACCGCGCAGUGGAUCGCGCAGGUGCGCGUCGACGGCCGCGGCGGUGUCGCAGACUUUGCCUGGUGGUCCGACGGCGAGGGCAUGACAGUCGUAUCGAAGAACGGUGAGGUAUCCGAAUGGGACGGACGUAUGCGCCGCGUUGUCGCGCGCUGGGUCGAUGCCGGUGCCGUCGGCACGACGGUUCUCAGUCUUGGUGGACGCUCGGGCCGGACGCAACUUGGCGGUGAUCGUUGGGUUGCGAUUGGUUCUUCGAGUGGUAUUGUCAACGUGUAUGACCGACGCGUGUGGGCUGCUGCGUAUGCUAAUGCUUCUGCGUCGGAGAGGGAUUCCCCUGCUCAGGCGGGUAUUCCGCGUAACCCGGACCCUGUAAGGGUUUUGGACCAACUCACUACGCCUAUCAGUCACUUGGUGUUUGCGCCUGAUGGGCAGAUGAUGGUUAUGGCGAGUCGGUGGAAGCGUGAUGCUUUGCGUCUUGUUCACUUGCCUACUUGCACUGUAUACCGCAACUGGCCUACUUCUAAUACGCCGUUGGGUCGCAUCUCUUCCGUGGCUAUUUCUCCUAACUCGGAGCAGUUGGCUGUUGGUAAUGAGCAGGGCGCGAUCCGUAUGUGGGAGAUUCGGGGGUAG